CGCGCGCCGAUUGGCCGGGCGGCGGGGGAAACCCGGGCGCGCGGCCCCGCGCGUGCUCAGCGGGGCGCGAGCCGCCCACGAUGGCCGCCGCGGCGGGGCUGGUGCUGGGCCGCGGGCCGCUCUUCCUGCGCCGCGGCACCUGGCGAAGCUUCUCCUCGCAGACGGACGGGGAGGCCCGAGUCACCCGCGUCCUGCGGGAGAAGUUCCCCCGGGCCUCCGCCAUCAAAGUGGUGGAUAUAUCAGGGGGCUGCGGCGCCAUGUACGAAAUUCACAUCGAGUCGGAGGAAUUCAGAGAGAAGCGGACGGUGCAGCAGCAUCAGAUGGUUAAUCAGGCACUGAGCGAGGAGAUCAAGAGCAUGCACGGACUGCGCAUCUUCACCUCCACCCCCAAACCUUGACGCUUUGUCAGUUGGUCAAUAAAGAUGUUUGAGAGGUGCCUGCAGGGCUCUGUGCUGGUGACCAGGAGGCCGCUGCCCUCCAGACUACCUACAAAUUUAUCCAAGUGCUGUGUUUUCGAUUAGGCACCUGCGCAGGGCUGGGGGGCUGCGAGGGGAGGGGGACAGAAGAAGAAACACCCCUCUGAAAGAAGAGCAGGAAGGAGAAACUUUAUUAUUGCUGGGUCCCUCCCUCAGCAGGCCCCCCCCACCAUGCUGGGAACACGAGCAAGCUGCUCUUCCAGGCAGGGGACAGGCUCCCCUUGGGCCAGGCACUUCUUUUCCUCCCCCCCACAACGCUGCUGCUGCUGCCAAAGGGGAGCUUAAGGCUCUAAGUGCACCUCACAUCCAAAAAAAAAAAAAGCACUUCCAAAAAUAAGCCGAGCCACUCUGCUGUCACCCAGGGGAAACACACCCUGGGCUCAGCCCUGGUCGGGCUGCUCACAGGCCAAGCACCGUGUCCGUGGGGGCCAGAGGAAAACUUGGCCUCUGGGAGUAGAAAGCAGCAGCGCAGCACCCGGAACUCUGCCCCAUGCCUGUGGGGAACAAAACCAGCUCCGAGGCCAAGUCCUAGAGUGCAGGACUCGCCAGACUUGAGCGCAUGCCUAGAAAACCAGGUGGACUACACACGGCAAGUCACCGCAGCCAAUGACUUCUAAACCAACGCAGGCCGCUGCAGAGUAGAAGCGAUGCUUGGCCUCUGAGACUGAUGCCACUCGGGGCUUGCGUCGCUGAAGGCGAAGCGUAGAAGUGGCAGGCGUACAAAGCGGAAAGGAGCGGCCAAAAGGGUCCUCCGGGGAAAGUUUAUCUGUCCUUGGAGCCCAGCUUCUCGAUCAGUUCCUGCAGAGGAGCCAACUCCCGCCUGUCAAUCAAGUUGAAUUCCUGGCAGGGGAAAAAAAAAAACCAACAGAAAAACUGAAGGCACCUCUUAAAGAGCUGCUGGAAAACACAUCCGGCCACUGUACACCCCAUGUCAAUGCAUGCCAGCUCCUGAGAGAAAUUCAAGCAUUUCAAGACAACAAAACCUUUUCCACCGCAUCACUGAGAAAUACCAUGCUGCUCUGCACAAUGAAUCCCACAUCUGGUCAAGAACAGGCUGUUUAAAAAAAAAAACAAACAAAAAAAAAAAGGAAAAAAAGGUGCUGCUGCUAUUUCUGAGUCAAUUCUUGAGCUACAAAACCCCCAAGUUCUCCUCUGAGCCUGGUUUCUUUUGCUGCAAGUCGACAGCUAAAACCAGAGAGGGAAAUUCAAGCAUUUACAGCCAACUCAGCCAUACUUCCUGCAAAAAACAAAAACAAAA